AUGCAUCCACGUACAAUGCCGCCAAUGGAAUGGUUACCAACAAGCAUUAUCGAUUGGGGAGUACCUCUGCUGAUCAUCACAGGGGUUACGGCUGGCGCUGGCUGGCUGUUGGGGCAAAGCUACCUGAAUCACCCCAAUAACCGCCUUUAUAGACAGCUCGCGUUUGUCGGAUUGUUUAUUUUCUCCCAGAUGGCGCUGGCUAUUGCACUGCCGUUUGACGAUGCCACCCAAAGCCAGCUGUUGACCCUGUUUGGUUAUGCCCUAACCGCCGUCAUUGCAUUAUCGUCCACUUCAUUUGUCAGUAACGCUAUGGCGGGAUUGAUGCUGAAAGCCAUGGGCACAUUCAAAACAGGAGACUUUAUCCAGGUUCUGGAUCAGUUUGGCCGGGUUACCGCCAAAGCCCUCCUGCAUACCGAAAUUCAGAGCGAGGACCGCGACGCCAUCGCUUUACCCAACAUGUUUGUCAUCAGCAACCCGGUCAAAAUUGUAGAUCAGAGUGGCACUCUGGUUUCUGCCGAAAUUGGUAUUGGCUAUGACACACAUCGGCGCAAAGUUCGUGAGCUGUUACUUGUUGCCGCUGAGGCAGCGGGUUUAACCGACCCGUUUGUGCAGAUCCUCGAUAUUGGUGACUUCGCCGUGCGUUACCGGGUAACUGGCUUUCUGACAGACGUCGGUAAACUUGUCAGUAUGCGCAGCGAUCUGAAAGCACAGAUACUCGACACGCUGCACAAUGGGGGCGUCGAAAUCAUGACGCCUUCGGUUAUGAACCAACGGCCCCUUGAUCCUGAAAAACCUGUGGUGCCGGUGGAGCAGGUCACCUCUGAAGACGACAGCGAUCAUGGUAAAGCCGAACGCAUGAUGUUCGAUAGAGCUGACCUUGCUGCACGCAUUGAACGAUUUCGUGAGCACGCCAGAACCCUUGGUGCGGAAAUUAAAGAACUCGAAGACCAGACCUCGUCGAAAAGUUCGAUUCACCUAAUGAUUGAAUUUCCGGACCUGCCUAACCUGCACGCCCUUGGCGUGAUGCUGUUGACGAUUGCCGCGCUUUACGCAUUCAGCAAAGACAACUGGCUGCUGGAAGUGACUUCGGUGUCACUGCUGGUCAUUCUGGUUGUUGUAUUCGCUCUAUUUCCUUAUGCCGAGUUCGACCCGGUAGAUCUAUUUGCCGGCUUUGCCAAUGAAGCGUUGAUUGCAGUAUGUGCACUCAUGAUUCUUGGUCAGGGUCUGGUAAGAACUGGCGCACUGGAACCGGUUGGCCGCAUGCUGGGUAAACUAUGGGGGCGCGCACCUUUCCUUUCUCUGCUGUUGACGCUUGUGGUGGGUGCGUUCCUGUCCGCUUUUGUUAACAACACGCCUAUCGUCGUAUUGCUGUUACCGAUACUGAUCAGCGUCUGCCUGCGCAACAAAUCAUCGCCAGCAAAAGUGUUGAUGCCGAUGGGUUUUGCGACGCUCCUCGGGGGUAUGGCGACCACCAUCGGCACCUCAACGAACCUUCUGGUUGUCAACGUAGCGGCUGAUCUGGGGCUAGAAGCAUUUGGCUUAUUCGAUUUUGCGCUGCCCGCGUCUAUUGCUGCCUGCGUAGGUGUCGUCUAUCUGUGGCUGAUAGCCCCUCUGCUUCUGCCAGAACGCGAAUCCAAACUGUUGGAUCCUUCGCCACGUCUGUUUAACGCCCGCCUGCUGCUGAAAGAAAAUUCUCUUGUGCUGGGCAAGACUCUGGGUGAAGCCAUCGCACUUACAGGUGGUGAUAUGAAAGUGGUGCGCGUCCGUAGAGGCGAAACCAUGGUCAUGCCGCUGCCGGAUGUGGUGCUGAAAGUCGGCGAUAGACUUCGUGUACAGGACACACCCAGCAACCUGAAGAAGUUCGAAGAAGCGCUGAAAGCUGAAUUGUACUCAGGUGACACCCGUGUAGACGAUGAACAUCCGCUGGCUGGCGACAAUCAGACCCUGGCUGAAAUUGCCGUUGUGCAGGGUUCCAGCCUCGACCGGGCCAACCUGAGUUAUGCGCGCUUUCUCGAUCGCUACCAGCUUGCGGUACUUGCAUUACAUCGCGCCGGCAAAGAUGUAUGGCGUGCCACGGAGGAAAUUCACGAAGUGAUUCUCCAGCCUGGCGACGUGUUGCUGGUACAGGGCCCCAAGGAACAGCUCAGCCUGCUGAAACGUUCCACCGAGUUUAUGGUGUUGGACAGCAGUAUCGACCUGCCCAGUUCAGCCCGCGCACCGCUGGCUCUGGGCAUUCUGGCAACUGUUGUCGCCAUAGCCGCCCUGGGCAUCAUGCCCAUCGCCAUCACCGCGGUCGCCGGUUGCGCAGCAAUGCUGUUAACACGCUGUCUAUCCAUAGGUGAGUCGCUGCGCGCGAUCAGCCCAUCCGUUUAUUUUGUAGUUGCUGCAAGUCUGGCGCUGGGGAUGGCGCUACAGGUUACCGGUGCCACGGUUUAUCUGACUGAAGUAUUUCUGUACGUGACAGCAGGUUCCCCGCCGAUUGUUGUGCUCUCGGCCCUGAUGUUACUGCUGGCGGUUUUAACCAACAUCGUCUCCAACAAUGCCGCAGCGGUGAUCGGCACACCUAUCGCGGUCGGUAUUGCUCAGGCACUACAACUGCCUGCAGAACCUUUUGUGCUGGCAGUUCUGUUUGGGGCUAACAUGAGCUACGCAACACCGAUGGCUUACAAGACAAACUUACUGGUGAUGAGUGCCGGCAACUAUACCUUCCGUGAAUUUGUCAAAGUGGGCGCUGACACAGAAACAGACAGUGCCAAUCCUUUCCAACCGAAUAUUCUGCUCCUGGUCGCAGAAGACCUCAGCCCACGCAUCGGCAGUUUCGGUGAUGCCCUGGCCAAGACACCGAACAUUGAUCAGCUUGCCGCCCAGGGCACCCGCUAUACCAAUGUGUUCACAACCGCAGGCGUUUGUGCCCCUAGUCGCGCCGCGCUGAUUACCGGUCAGCACCAGAUCAGUUUUGGUGGCCAGCACAUGCGCACCACAACCGGUCCUCUGGGACCUUAUCUUGCACAACCUGCUGCAGGCGUAAGAGCUUUUCCAGAACUACUGCGGGCUGCCGGCUACUACACCUACACCGAUCAGAAACUGGAUUAUCAGUUCAGCAGCGUCUACGCCGGCAGUGGUCCAUUUACAAUAUGGGACGAAGACGGCGCGGUGCCGACCGCCUGGCGUAAUCGUGCACCCGGACAACCUUUUUUUGCGCUGAUCAACUUUCUGGAGACCCACGAAAGCGGCGUGAUGCAGGCCACAGGCCCGGCCCACAGCCCGGCCCACGCAGCAACCCAGAAGAUGCGCCAGGCACGCGGUCUUGUUGCACCUGCCAUCACUGAUCCAGCCGAGGUGGUGUUGCCACCCUACUAUCCGGAUUUACCUGAAGUGCGCGCUGACAUGGCGCGCCACUACGACAACAUUCACGCUAUGGACAGGCGCGUAGGAGAAAUUCUUGCCGCGCUUGAAGCAGACGGCUUGAAAAACGACACACUGAUUGUCUGGACCACCGAUCACGGCGAUGGCCUGCCGCGCGCAAAGCGAGAAUUGUUUGACUCUGGCACAAAGGUACCUUUGGUCCUGCACGUGCCAGCGGCACUCGCCGCCACAACCGCGACCGAGCCCCCAACCAGGAACGACACCGUCGAUCACCGCCUGGUGAGUUUUGUUGACCUCGCCCCGACACUGCUGGCGUUUGCCGGAGUGACAGCACCCCCUUAUCUGCACGGUGAAAAUUUUCUGACUUCGAACCGAACCUACGUUUAUGCAUCACGCGAUCGUAUCGAUGAGAUCAUGGACCGGCAGCGCAGCAUUCGCAGCGACAGAUAUAAAUAUAUAAAAAGCUGGUACCCCGAUGUUGCCGGCGGACAUCCGCUGAACUAUCGGGAUAAUCUGGAUAUGGUCAGAGUCUGGCGAAAGGCCUGGCAGGCAGGCACAUUGCCAGCCGUGCAAUUCCGCUGGUUUAAGCCCGCCGGUGCGGAGCAGCUUUACGAUAUUGUGGCUGACCCGCAUGAACUGACUAAUCUGGCGAGCUCAACUGACCAUCAGACAAUAUUGAGGGAUAUGCGCAGCGCCUUAGAUACUUUCCUCGCAGAAAUCGGCGAUACAGGCGCUAUACCGGAAGCAGAGCUGCGCGCUAUGUAUCUGCAGGACGGCGCGUUGCCACAGACACCACCCCCCUCUGUUGUCAUCAAAAACGGUAUCUUGAUCUUGACCAGCGAGAAUGAUGCAUCCAUCGGAUACCGACUAAGUAGCGCCGAACGAACAGCACAGGUUAAGCAGGCGGUCUCUAUUUACAGCCGCAGUGAUUGCUGUGAAGCCGCGCAGCGAAUUACCGGUAAGAAAUUUUUAGCCGCUCACGAGAUGCGCAGAGAUACCGAUAACGGUCUACCUGCGCGUCAGAUGCUCAACGGCGUUUUAAACCCAAACGGUGACAUCAUGAGCGAAGUGGACAGCAACAACCCUCGCGCCAACCGCGGCGACAUUUUUACCCGAUCAAAUGAAGAACUGCUGGCCGAGUGGGCCAUCGACACCUCCGUCGACCCGGCAACCAUACCCCUUAGCGAACUAAAUCCGGGCCACCCCGACCUGUUUGAAGAUGCCAGACAAAUGCCCUACUUCGGCCGCCUGCGCGAACAAGACCCCGUGCAUUACACUGAAGUCAGUCAAUUUGGACCCUAUUGGUCCGUGACCAAAUUUGAAGACAUCAUGUAUGUCGACAGUCACCACAACCUGUUUUCUUCAGAUUUUCGCAAAGGCGGUAUCUCUCUCGGCGGUGUUGCACAGCCUGAAGGUGCUGAUGAUUUUGAUCUGCCGAUGUUCAUCCAGGAAGAUCCGCCAAAACACGAUCAACAACGCAAAGUUGUUGCGCCUAUGUUUACCCCGUCAAAACUUGCGGGCCUGGAAGAUCUGAUUCGCAAACGCGCCUGCGCCAUAUUAGACAAUCUCCCACGCAACAAAGAAUUCAACUGGGUAAAAGAGGUCUCCGUUGAACUCACCGGUCAGAUGCUGGCCACUUUGUUCAACGUGCCCCAGGAAGACCGGCAUAAACUCAUUUACUGGUCUGAUGCGGUGCAGAAUCUGGGUAAUCCAGAAUUUUUUGCCACCAUCGAAGAGGGCUUUGGCGAGCUGUGGAAGUGUUACGAGUAUUUUGCAGCCGUCUGGCAGGAGCGUCUGGCGCAAAAUGAGCCCGGCGACGACCUAAUCUCCAUGCUCGUGCAUGGCGAAGCCACACGUGAUAUGCCACCAAACGAAUACCUCGGCAACAUUCUGCUGCUUAUAGUUGGUGGCAAUGACACCACGCGUAACUCCAUCAGUGGCGGUGUACUUGCGCUUAAUCAGUUUCCCGAGCAGUACAACAAACUGCGCGCAGACCAUAAUCUGAUCAAUACCAUGGUGCCUGAAAUCAUCCGCUGGCAAUCACCGGUUGCACACAUGGCCAGAACCGCUCUGACCGACACCGAACUCGGUGGCAAGCAGAUUAAAGAAGGUGAUCGUGUUGUCAUGUGGUAUCUGUCCGGGAACAGAGAUGGUGACGCCAUAGAAAACCCGGAUGAGUUCAUCAUAGAUCGCAGCAAUCCACGCAAACAUGUUUCUUUUGGCUUUGGCAUCCACCGUUGUGUAGGUAAUCGCCUUGGCGAGAUGCAGCUGCGUGUGUUGUGGGAAGAGAUCAUGAAACGAUUCGAUCAUAUAGAGGUCACCGGCCAGCCGGUUUAUCUGAAAUCGAGUUUCAUCAAUGGUAUCCGUGAACUACCGGUCACCAUUCGCGACUGA